AGUGGCUGGAUGAGCAGAUGUCGGAGGCAUUGGUGCUUGAUACUGCGAAUGGUGGAGCUGGGAUCUGGGGACAGGGUCAGAUGCAAGAUGGGCAGAUGUCCGUGGUGGCGCCUGACACUGCGGCUGCUGAUUUUGGGAUCUUCGAACAGAUCCAGAUGCAGGAUGGGUGGUUUGGGGCGGCGGUUCACACGUUGCCGCCGGUGGCACGCGCAGCCGUCGAUCCUAUGAUCCUCGAUCAUGUUCAACUCCAGGACGAUCAAUAUGGCACACCUUUCCAGACAUCUCCAGCAGCGCUCGACGCUACAGCUAUCGGACCUGAGAUCUUCGAUCAUCGCCAGCCUCAGGACAGUCAAGAUGGUACAUCUCUCCAGAUGUUUCCGGCGAUGGCGCUCGACACUACCACCGACGCACCAUCGGGCUUGACGCAACUCGAGCAGCUGUUCGAGGAGUUCGGAGCUGACGCUCUGACGGGCCACCAUGCGAAUCGAGUCGGCACACCGCAUGUCGAUUCCAUGCUGACAUGGCCCGUCCGUCUCUUCAACGACCACAAACAGCGACUGGCCCAGAAAUCACCACAAGCGCCUCAGCGAAAGUCACCUGGUAUCAGUGCGGUCGUCGCCGAAGCUGCUGCACGAGGCUACCGCCCAGUUGGCCCUGAUACCGAACAGCUCAUCGCCAGCAUCGAAGCUCGAGAGCAGGCAAGAGUUCCACCGGCGCAGGUGUGUGAGGACGUCGCUCGCUCUCAAGAUGUCCAGCGAGAUGUCUCGGGUACGCAGAAUCACGGCAAGAAGCGGAGGCGGGAACAGAUCGCGCCCAUUCGCAUGUUCAACAAGCCGGUUGAACCGAAGAGAAAGAGGCGUCGAGUCGGUGACAUGGCAGGAUCGCCUGCCGCCGCACUGGUGUCUCCCGGACCGUCCAAGCCAAAGCAGAAAGCCAAAUCACCCGCAAGCCCACCUCCAAACCCACCCCCGAAUUCGACCCCCCUCCCACCCCACCCCAGCGGCUCCAGAACACUAGAACCGCACCAACACCUCCCCCCCGGCGCCUACUUCACCCCGACCUCGCCAUCCGACAAGCCCGCCUGGCGCUGCGGCAUCAACCACGCCAUGGGCCACUACUACAACGCAGGCGACCGCAAAAACUGCCCCGGCUGCUUCACCGCGCUGUCCGAAAACCCGCGCGCCGUGACCAUGGACUUCCACCUGCCGCCGCACACCGCGACCCACCAGCCGAACCCUACCGCGCGCUGGCGCCCCUCCAAAGCCUUCCGGACCUGCUUCGGCCGCGCGCGCCGCUCGAAACACCUCAGCCACAACAGCAUCGCGAAGGACGCGUACUGGACCGCGAUCACCGCGGGCGCGGGGGACGCCGAUGCGCUUGCUACCGCGCUGGCUGCUGUCGCCGCUCACACCGCGCCGAAACCCAAAGCCGUGCCUAAGUCCAAACAACCAAUUCCCCCGCGCACCCCGACACCAGACCCCGGGCCCCACCCCUCCGGCUCCACGACUCUGCACGCCUCCGCCGCGCUGCCGCGCGGUGCAUCGUUCGCCCCCUUCGCGCCCGCUCAGGAACGAGCGUGGCGCUGCGAUGUAAGGCAUGCGCUGGGCUGGUACUAUCUCGCGGGCGAUCGAAGGUCGUGUCCGGGGUGUGGGUCGAAUAAGGGCGGGAAGGGGAGGCAGGGGGAGAUGGAUUUCUGGUUGCCGGAAGGGGGGGUGGUUAGGGAGAACAAUCCGAAGAAAGACAACCCACCCAAAUCCAACCAAACCAAAGCCCACAAAUCCAAUUCCCCCUCCCACAACCAACUCGCAAGCCGCGCCUACUGGACCGCCCUCGACGCGGGCCUCUCCAGCGCCGCGGCGCUGGCCCGUGCACUAAGUGAGACUGAGCGGGUGGUUGGGGGGAGGGAGGAGGGGGAGAGGCGGAGGGCGGAGAGGAGGGGGGCGGAGAGGGAGAAGAAGGAGAGGGCGGAGAGGAAGAGGGUGGAGAAGCGGAGGGCGGAGAGGAAGAGGGUGGAGAGGAAGAAGGAGGUUAUUGAGAGGAGGGAGGAGCGUGGAAAUAAGGGGAGUGGGAAGAGGGGGAAUGCGGCUGUGAGUGGCAUGAGGACCGAGCGUACGGCACGGAGUGUGCGUGGAGGUGCGCGUCGGACGCGGACGUCGCAUGGCACGCCCGACGCACACGGGGGAGAGGCUGGGGCUGGUGGCCGUUUGCUUACGGCGUCGUUGGCGCUUAAUGCGUGGCUUGAGCGUCAGUUUGAGGAUGCGGAGGGGUGUGGAGAUGAGGAUGAGGACGGGGACGAGGAUGAGGACGAGUACGAAAGUGGUGAUGAGGAUCAGGAUGGGGAUGAGGGCGACGACGGAGAUGACGAGUCUUCCGGCGAUGAGGAUGAGUCUUCUUCCGACGACGACGAGUCGAGCUCAGGCUCGGACAGCGAGUAGCGGGGGAUGGCUGAUGGAUACUGCUGUACUGGAGCUACUGGAUUUACUUCUAUUGCGAUAUCUGCUGUAUCUACUGUAUCUACUGUGUCUAUGGUAUCUACG